AUGACGAAAAUAACAGAUGCAGCAACGAGACAGGCAGUUCAAAGUGCCUAUGACGCCGUUAGAGCAACUGUUGUGGAAAGUCAAGAAAAAGAGUUACAACAGACCAAAACAGACCUAGUAAAUGCUUUCUUAAGAACGAAAAGUCAGGUAGGACAUUACGCUGCAGAUGGAACAUAUGUGCCAGCUGGUGGAACUUAUAUACCAGCUGGUGGAACUUAUAUACUAGCUAGUGGAACUUAUAUACCACCAAACCCUCCAAGAGAAGCACCUGCACCAGGACUACCUAAAACAUUUACAUCGUCACAUGGACACAGACACAGGCAUGCACCAAAACCAACACAACAACCACCUCCACAACCAGCACAACAACAACAACCAGCACAACAACCACCUCCACAACCAGCACAGCAACCAACAGUUCAAAACCCUGCACAACAACAACCACAAACAGCACAACAACCACCUCCACAACCAGCACAGCAACAACAACCACAAACAGAGCAAGGACAUAAAAGAAGUAGAGAACAAGGAAACCAAGAAUUCUUAAAAAUGCUUAAAGAAGACUAUGGUUACUCAGAUACUAUUGACUUUAGUGACAGAUAUAAAGAAGCUAUUCGAAAGUUCAAGGAAGGAAAUACUGACCCGAACCUAUUUAGCUUUAUGGCUCAGCACCAAAUGGGAUAUAAUUUCAAACCUGGAAAAUACAAGCUCGCUAAGGGAUAUGAUUUAAUAGCAUAUCAUCCAAAUGACAUGAACGAAUUUACUCCGAGAUAUUUGGU